UUACUAGUUUCGGGUUGCCAACCUCAGUGAAAGAAUACAUAACACCCGACACAGGCCAACUCUUGUUUCCCUCCCUCGUUGUGUGAAUUACAAAGAUACCUCAAUUUCUCCACCCCACGUACCUCGCACGCCCUCAUGAAUUCCAAUCCUUUUGGACUCUCAUUAUUGGCCUCUGCACUUUUUCAAAUUAUUAUAAUUAAUUAUUAUUAAUUUUUUUUUUCUAAGUUCUAAGAAUCUAAAAUCACCUCCUCUGCCGAACCAUUUUUGUCCCUCUGUUCGAUGCCAUCUCAGUUACCAUCAAUUUCUUCCUCCAUUCCGUCUGCCGCAAUUCGAGUCGUGAAAGUAAAGGAUCUGGGAAAUCAAUAUUGAGGUUCAUCAAUUAAAAGCUAAAUAGUGGCGGCUUUCUGUUUUUGCCAAUAACUGAUUGAUUCAAAGUCCCCACAUGGUAAAGUUUAAAUCCACUUUUCCCUUUCGGUUGUAAUAGCAAAAGUCUAAUAUUUUGAGAAUUUCGAAGCAUUUUCAAUGCCAGAAGGGUGCUUCUACUAUUUUAUAGACAUUACGAAGACCCAGAGGUUUAAUUUUGGUCUAGUAUUUAUAUAAGAUGCAAUCAAGGGUCGUGCCACUGGAGGAAGGCAAAGACCCUGGAGGUGUAAGCAGGACAAACCAAAGUAAGGCAUUGCCGCUGAGACUUCUUCAGCUUUUUGUUCUCUUUCUUGCUGUGUGUAUUACUUUCUCUGUGAUUAGCAUGUAUACCAUUCGGCGUUUUGGAAUUUAUAGCGUGGGGAAUGCAUUUAAGUCCACUUUCCAGCCGUGUUUUGAGGUACCUGCUAGUUUGGGCCAGUGGGUUAGGCCACCGUCAAAUCUGAUGCACACGAUGAAUGAUCAAGAGCUAUUGUGGAGAGCUUCCUUUGUGCCUAGAAUAAGAACUUAUCCUUUCAAUAGAGUUCCGAAGAUUGCAUUUAUGUUCUUGACUAAAGGGCCAUUGCCACUAGCACCUCUUUGGGAGAGGUUUCUUAAUGGACAUGAAGGGCUUUAUUCAAUUUAUGUUCAUUCGUUGCCUUCAUUUGAACCUAAGUUUCCCACUUCAUCGGUUUUUUAUGGCAGACAUAUUCCUAGCCAGAUCUCUGAAUGGGGAAGAAUGAGCAUGUGUGAUGCUGAGAGAAGACUCCUAGCCAAUGCAUUGCUUGAUGUCUCCAAUGAAUGGUUCAUUCUUCUUUCUGAAUCAUGCAUUCCACUCUAUAAUUUCAGCGUCAUAUAUCAGUACAUCAAGAAUUCCAGAUACAGCUUCAUGGGUGCAUUUGAUGACCCUGGGCCAUAUGGAAGGGGACGAUACAACAUGAACAUGGCACCUGAGGUGAAUAUAACCCAAUGGCGUAAGGGAUCUCAAUGGUUUGAAGUUAACAGAAGACUUGCCAUCAACAUUGUUGAAGAUACAAAAUUCUACCCAAAAUUUGAACAAUUUUGUAGACCUGCCUGUUAUGUGGACGAGCAUUAUUUUCCUACAAUGCUAAACAUUCAAGCAGGGAAUAUGCUGGCAAAUAGAAGCAUCACUUGGGUGGACUGGUCAAGGGGAGGAGCUCACCCAGCUACCUUUGGAGGAGCAGACAUCACGGAGGAAUUCUUUAAGAGGAUUCUUGAGGGUCGUCGCUGCAGUUACAAUAACCGGAACUCUACAAUUUGUUUUCUUUUUGGAAGAAAAUUUGCUCCAAGUGCUUUGGAGCCUCUGUUACAUUUAGCACCAAAGGUUUUGGGGUACUAAAUAAAUAAAUACACGGGCAAAUAGAAACGUUGAUGGAAUCACCCAUUGCAGAUAUGUUGCAGCCAUGUAAAUUUCAUUUUUUUGGCAAAUAGGUAAUAUAAAUAUGCAUAUAUUUGUUAUGUAACAAUUUUGCAUUUCAGUUUUGCAUACUUCUAUGGCAGUUCCGAUUGUCCCCAUUAUAUGAAGCUGUACAGAGAGCUUACAAACAGUUUUAACAUGCAUUUAUAUUUUCUUCUUUCUUUUAUUAUAUCAUUUUGUUGUGUGUUUUGAAUUACAAGUCUGUCCUUCCGGAGUACAUAAAUUGUCUGUUACGUUUUACAUCGAACGCUUAAAAACCCGGGAGACCACAAUUUCCCUUUUUAUUUUUUAUUUUUAUCUUUAUUUUGGUUGAGUAAAAGAAAAACGUGGAAGAAAUGGUUACUUGAGCCACCUUGUGACAAAUUGAGAAUACAACAAAGUUGGUUCUGAACGGACACGGCGGUCAUAGAUACAUCAAUUGAAGGACAUUUUCGUAACAACACAAUCGCAAAAUCAAAAUGGAUACCCUCGAGGAAUGUUCUGGAAAACACAUUAAAAUCAGAAAAGAACAACGAAAGAAUAAAUCCCACCUUACACUUGUCAUAUCUUUUAUCUUGUAAUCAAACGAUGCCUUUCCCAUAAAGAAAUCUCUGCACAUUGUUGGCCUAACCUGAGCGUCAAAAAGUUGGUAACCAGUGGGCCGUUUGGAUUGCGCGAUUGUGGCGGUUCUCUUUUAUGAGUCCCUUCCAAGCCCCGCGACAGCGUCCCUUCGACAUCGCGUGUCGACACGCGCACGAACCGUGAUGAUUGAUGACCCACUCGUACUUCCCCCCGCACUCACAGUGUGGUUUAUAAUCUUCUUCAGCUAAGAGAAUUUUGGAAUAUAUUCUCCAAAGAAAACCCCUUUGCUUAAGCUAAGUCAAGUAUACGGCGUCGUGUCCUGUGUCCUGUGUCCUGUGUCGUGUCCUGUCCACCCCACCCAAAUGAAAUUGCGGACCGCAUAUUGAGGGUGGGCUUUGCCUUGGUCCAAUCAUGCCCACAUGGGUGUUAAGAAAAACUAGUGGGGGCCCACAUGAAAAAAUAACAGCUGUCGCUCGUAUAAUUGCAAGGCUGUACAAACGGGCAGCUGUCCGUCCUGCCCUAAAUCCCUCGGUCUUUUUCCUUUCCUUCUCUCUCUGCUAUAUAUACUACACUCACCAUUUCUGCAUCUUCGUCUGCGCGAAACUCUCUACCAUUGUCUCAAAACCCUAGAGAAAAACAGCGCGAAAGCUUUUGCAUUCACCAAUGGCCAACUCCAAGUCUUCUCUUGUAGCUCUCAUGGCGGUUCUCUUUGCCGUCCUGUCUUGCAUGGUAGCUGCUGAGGUCGCCGAGGCUCCGGCUCCUAGUCCCCUCUCCCCAGCCGUCUCGAUCUCCCCGUCUUUCGGCUCUGUUUGCGUUGCUGCCGUUGUGGCUGCGGUGUUCGGUUCUGCGCUCAGGGUUUGAGAAUUGGUAUUUGGUUAUGGGGUUGAGUAGUGUGGAUGGUGGUGGUGUAGAGCGGUUGGAUUUGAUAUGUAGGGAUUAUUUUUUGGUUUUAUUAGGUAUUUGAGAUCAUAUUAUUAGUAGUUGUGAUGGAUGUUUAGAAUGGUAGUGACUGGUUUUGUGGUUGACAGAUUAUAUUUAUAUGUAAUGCUCUUGGAUUUAUUAUAUUUUGACGAUUAUUCGUAAAUAAUCGGAGAUUUUAUUUUAUUUAUAUUUA